GCGCGGAGCUGCUGCCGCUGCCGCCCCCUGCGGCCGUCGCCGCCGCGCCACCUCCGCUCCGCUCCCUUCCCCUGUCCCCGCCAUGGAGUGAGGCCCCCGCCGGACGGGGGGGCCCCGCCGCGCCUCGAUGGCUCUGGUCACGGUGCAGCGCUCGCCUACCCCCAGCGCCACCUCCAGCCCCUGCGCCUCGGAGGCAGACAGCGGGGAAGAAGAAUGCCGGUCCCAGCCCAGAAGCAUCAGCGAAAGCUUCCUCACUGUGAAAGGUGCAGCUCUCUUCCUGCCACGAGGAAAUGGGUCAUCCACUCCCAGGAUCAGUCACAGGCGCAACAAACAUGCAGUUCAAGGAGGAAGGAAGAGGAGAGCAGGGAUUGCAGUGUCCUGUGUAACCUACUCCAUGCGAGGUUGUCUCCGUCCCAUCCAGAGAGGGGCUGCACAGCCCUUCAGCCUUGCUCUUCCACCAGCUAUAAAAAUCAUUUGGAAACCAGGGGAUCUCCAGCAGCACCUGCAGGCCAUGUUCAUCCUGCUCCGCCCAGAAGACAGCAUCAGACUGGCUGUAAGACUGGAAAGUACCUACCAGAACCGCACUAGAUACAUGGUGGUGGUGUCCACCAAUGGCAGACAAGACACAGAGGAGAGCAUCGUCCUAGGAAUGGAUUUCUCUUCCAAUGACAGUAGCACUUGUACAAUGGGCUUGGUGCUGCCACUCUGGAGUGACACCUUGAUCCACCUGGAUGGGGAUGGAGGAUUCAGCGUAUCAACAGAUAACAGAGUGCACAUAUUCAAGCCCGUGUCUGUACAGGCAAUGUGGUCUGCUCUGCAGAGUUUGCAUAAGGCUUGUGAAGUGGCAAGGAGCAACAACUACUAUCCAGGGAGCCUCUUCCUCACGUGGGUCAGUUACUAUGAGAGCCACAUCAACUCUGACCAGUCCUCAGUCAACGAGUGGAAUGCCAUGCAGGAUGUGCAGUCCCACCGGCCCGACUCGCCCGCCCUCUUCACAGAUGUCCCAACUGAGCGGGAACGCACGGAACGGCUGAUUAAGACCAAAUUAAGGGAGAUCAUGAUGCAGAAAGAUUUGGAGAACAUCACCUCAAAAGAGAUCCGCACGGAGCUGGAGAUGCAGAUGGUGUGUAACCUGCGGGAGUUCAAAGAGUUCAUUGACAAUGAAAUGAUAGUGAUCCUUGGGCAGAUGGACAGCCCCACACAGAUAUUUGAUCAUGUCUUUUUGGGCUCAGAAUGGAAUGCCUCCAAUUUGGAAGAUUUGCAGAACAGAGGGGUACGGUACAUUUUGAAUGUGACUCGAGAAAUAGAUAAUUUCUUCCCUGGGCUCUUUGAAUACCACAAUAUCAGGGUUUAUGAUGAAGAAGCUACAGAUCUUCUGGCUUACUGGAAUGAUACCUACAAAUUCAUCUCCAAGGCAAAGAAGAAUGGUUCUAAGUGCCUGGUGCACUGCAAGAUGGGAGUGAGCCGCUCAGCCUCCACGGUGAUCGCCUAUGCCAUGAAGGAGUACGGCUGGAACCUGGACAGGGCUUACGACUACGUGAAGGAGCGGCGCACGGUCACCAAGCCCAACCCCAGCUUCAUGCGGCAGCUGGAGGAGUACCAAGGGAUCCUGCUGGCCAGCAAACAGCGGCACAACAAACUCUGGCGCUCACACUCGGACAGCGACCUCUCGGAUCACCAUGAGCCCAUCUGCAAGGCUGGGCUGGAGCUGAACAAAAAGGAGAUCACCACCUCAGCUGACCAGAUCUCAGAGGCCAAGACCAAUGACAACCAGCAGCCCAUGUCUCCCAUCUAUCCAGCUGAGCUGGACAGGGAGCAGCAGCUCCCAGAGGACACAAACAUGAUUGAGGACGUGUGUGUGAAGGAGAGAAGGAUCCACUUAGAGUUUACUUGCAGAGACUUCCACACUGAGCAGAUGGAGGACAAGCUGAACCUGAACAAUAUCAAUGGCUGUACAGCAGGGUGCUGUGUAGACUCUGUCCCCCCUGACAACUGCCGUGCUUCUGAGGCCUUAAUGCAGCUGCAGCACCCCUUGGAAAUAACAGAGUUUCCUGAUCUGACAGUGGAUGAUCUAGAAAAAGAUGCCCUUAAGCCUGAUAUGAACGUGCACUUGGUUCCCAUGGAAGAAUUCACUUCAUGCUUAAAAGACUUUCCUCAGUCCCCAAACCAGAAUUCCCUAGGUCUCCAACAGAACCCUCAGCCCGAAGUGACAGACCUCAGCACAGACAGGAUUGAUUUCUUCAGCGCUUUGGAGAAAUUCGUGGAGCUCUCCCAGGAGAGCCGGUCCCGAACCUGCUCCCAUUCCAGGCCAGAGGAGCAAGGGACUGGGAGGAAUGGGGUCUCCAGGGUGCCCGUGCUGGAAGUGCCACCUGCUGCAGAUGGGGGUGCAGAUGCUCAAAGGAACAGCCCUGGAAACUCCCCUCAGCCAUCUGAUGACUCUUCCACAGAUGAAGAGCAACAAAAGGAGGUCCCUGAGCUGCCUGGUGCAGGUCAUCUCACAAGAUCCCACUCAGAAAAUGCCAUUUCUGUGAAGGAAAUUAUCACAGAGAUUGAGUCAAUCAACCAGGGAGCAGGACCUGCCCAGCAGAAAGAGGGUUCAGCCAACCUCAGCCAGACACCAAAAAGGAACACGGUGCAUGACCUGCCAGUGGAGGUGAUUUGGGCAUCAGAAAAGUUGGAACAGAGUGAAGGAGCCUGUGCUGGACACCAGGAGAAGGAGAAGGACCCUCUGCCAACUGAGCAGGAAGAAGCCCCAUCUCUGCAGCUGUCUUCUGGUAGAUCAGACCUGGAGGAAAGCAGCUCUGGUGGGGAGCAGCAGGAGCCUCGUGGCUCCAUCAAGCCCGAGCCCAAGUGGUGCCCCGGCUCCGUCCGGCGAGCCACGCUGGAGUUCGAGGAGCGCCUGAGGCAGGAGCAGGAGCACCAGCACACGGCCCCAGCCUGCACUUUACCCACCCGCAAGAACUCCAGGAACGACUCUCCUGCUGCUGAGCUCCUGCCACGGGGGAAGAGCGAGGAGCCGCCCCUGGAGCUGGCUCUGGAGGGGGGCAAGGCGCAGGAGGAGCCGCUGCUGCCUCCAGGGGCAGAGCAGCCUGUGGGCAGACACCUACCUGCACCCCUCAGGCCCCCUGCCCAGGAGUCCCUGCCCGCAGAGCCCAGCCCGGGGCAGGAGGCAGCGGCACAAGAGUGCAGGACAGUGGUCUCGUUUGAUGGGACGGAGGAGCCAUCCCUGCCCUCCCUCCUCCCAAAGAGAAUUGAAAUCAUCGAGUACACCCUCACGGUCAAGCCUGCGGAGCAGCGCCCCCGUACAAGCUGUGAGCAGGGCGGGCUGGCCCCGGCCACCCCAUCUUUGGAUGAAAACUUGAACCCCUCGAUGUGCUUGGAGAAGGCUCCAGCGGAUCCCUCGCCGCCGGAGCACGCGGUACGCAAGCAGGCUGCCUUCGCCCUGGGCAGCCCCAGCAAGGAAGGCAGUGGGAUAUCUGCUCACCUCGGUGCUGCUUCUCCCUCUGCCCAGGUGACCUGUCCACCUUCAGCCAGCCUCGAGCGCUCUCCUUACCCCUGUGUCAUUCACCUGGAAGGUGUCACCGAGCAGAGCACAGGUACAGACGAUGAGCCGGUCACGCCGUGUGGCACCGAGGGAGACGCGACUCUGCCGUUCAGGGACGGUCUCAAACCUCUCUGCAGUGGUGGGGGCAGUGCUGGCAUCUCGAGGCAGCAGAGCAGCGAGGACUUCACCAGGCAGCAUGCUGAAAACAUGGACCUUCUGGACAUCUCGUUCCUGUGUUACAGCCUCCCUCACAGCUCCAGCAGCCUCAGCGUGGAGGAGCGCUCCAGCAGCCCCGGGCCGGUGAAGCAGCGGGCGAAGGAAAUAGAGGCUCGGAUCCGGCACGCAGGGCUCACCAGACCCUCCCACAUGAAGCGCUCGGCAUCCCUGGCCAAACUGGACUGCCUGGAGCUCUCCAAGGACGACUUACAGGACAGGGAGUCGGCCUCUUCCAAUGCCAACCCCGUGCUUCUCACCUGCGUUGCCCUCGGUCGAGGCUUUUGUGGGGGGAGGUCGGAGAGGGGCUCGAAAAGCACGUGUGGGAAGCAUCGCCUGUCCUCCCCAGAGCCCACAAAGCAUUUUGUGGAACAGCUCAGAACAGCCGAGUGCAUUGCCCAGAGCAUGCCCGUGGAGAGGCCCCUGGCUCAGUACGCCAAAGAGUGCAGCUCCAGCCAGCAGAGUUUGUGCUCCAGUGCAGAUCCAACGUGGACUAGCUCCGGGGAGGGCCCUCCGCUGCUCCAGGUGCAGGUCCUGGACUCCUUGUCUCCAUCUCAAGCUCUGGCUGUUGCCCCACGGCAGCAGCACGGGAGAACUCACCCUCUGAGGAGGCUCAAAAAGACCAAUGACAAAAAGCGGACAACCAAUCCCCUCUACAACACGAUGUGAUCCUGGGCCCUUGGCUGUGAUUUCUUACCCAGAACCUGUGGUGUUGCUUUCACACAAGGGGCAGGUGUAAUAUAAGGAACAUGCACUUUAUUGGUUAAUUUUAUAUAUAUUGUCAUUUUACUGUUCCUGGCGCAUGUAGGUGUGGGUUGGUUCUUCUGUGUGUGACUCUGACUGCAGGACUGUUUGGGUUUUUUUAAGUUUAACUCAGAUAACCUCAAAUGUUCUUUUUUUGUUGUUGUUGAUAAUUUGUUUUAAAAGAACACUUUUAUAAUGAGAAAAUUGAUGGUGGCUUGCUUUGGCAAGGUGGAGUUUUUGCUUACAACCAGAUCCUAGUUCCUGACUUGAAUUUUCCCCAUGCCUUGAAAUGGUGCUGGGCAGUUGGUGGGGUGAGAGCCCCUGUAAAUGUGAAGGUUGUGCCAAGGUCCCUUUGUUUGGCAUUUCUUUUAUUCUGCAAACUGGAACUCCACCAUGCUGGCAGAUCCCUCACAAAGCUGCUUCAGGACAAACACCCUGGGCUCAAUUCAGCUGGUGCUUCCCCAUAAGGAGCACACUGGGGUAAAUCUUCCCAGUGGAUGGGCUCUGAUAAUCCUGGGCUGCACCAAGACCAGCUCUCCCAUCUGCCAUGGGGCACACAGAGCUCUCUGCUCUGUGCUGAGGUGGGGCAGAGCUCCUCCAGGAGCUGCCAGGUUCUCCUCUACCCCCAAAGCCAGUGUUCUUUUAAAACAAAUGUCUCAUUAGGGUUUUAACCCUCCCAUUACUUGAAUACUGCUGUGGGCCUUCCAAGUUCAUGGCCAUAUCAUCUGUCCUCUGCCCUCUGCCCCAAAGCUGUUCUUGUGCUGCCUGAGUUUCCCUCUCCCCUCUGCCAUGCUCACAGGUGUUUCUGGUGGCUCCCAAAACUUGAGCUGUUUUUGUUACAUGACAUACUGCCCUCAGUGCAUAGCUUUGUCCUCUCUGCUGUCACUCCUAACUCUAGACCCAGAGGGAAAAUACUUUCUGAAAGUUUAUUCUUUUUUGGGGGUGGGGUUUUUUUUGUUUUUCUUUUUUUUCUUUUUUUUCUUUUUUUUUUUUGCCUAAAUUGUAUAUAUGAUAUUUAUAUGAUUUUUUUUUGUAUUUUCUAUGUUUUUUUUAAAAAAAAAAAAGAAGGGCAAGACUGCAUUCUGUAAACUGGAAAACAAACCCACGUGACUCAAACUCAGUGCUGUUCUCUGUGAUCUGCACAGACAUGGGAGUGGAUUUGACAUUAUAAGCUGUCUUCCCUUUCCAAAAGUGAGCCUGGAUGCCAAAUGUGUCCCUUCUCCUCCAGUCCUGUGUGACCCCCCGUUGUCCCACUGUGGGAGGGGCACUGUGUGUCUGUCCAUCUCCUUCCUGCUGGAAGCUGGGUUCCAGGGGUGCCAGUUGGACAUGGAAAGCCUUUGGCUGCUCAGAGCCAUUCUGCAGGUUCUUGCUUUUCUGGAGGAACUGUGUGUGAAGGCUCUGCUCCAAAUUUCAGCUAAUUAUUUUGUGGUUUCUGAGCAGUUUGGCUAAAUCAAAGCUCCUCAUUUCUAGCUGUGUGCAUCAGCAAGUUGUCCCUGUGCUGCAGGAGAAGAGGGAAAGGCCAAGGGGAGCUCUGGGUCCUGUCCACAGUCCCGUGGCAGGUCCUGUCUGAGCUGCUGCUUGGCUGGGGCCCAGACCUGCCCUCUGGGGAGGAGCAAAGCAAAGAGAAGGUGCAGAGUGGCUCAGGCUGCUGAAGCCCAGCAUGGAGAGGACACGGUGUGGGAGGAGCAGCAGCCAAGCUCAUGCCUAGAAAGCAGCCCUAAAGCUGCAGAGCCUUGCAGGCUCAGAUGGGACAAACUCCCCUUGAGCUGGAGAGGAGCACAUGGCACUGGAGCACUCUGGAGUAUUGGGAAGCAGCAUCUGCCUGCCCUGGGGAAGGGGUGUGGGGUGUCCUCAGCCUGCAGCUGCUUGGCAAGGUCAUGCCACCUUGCUGCCCUCCUGCAGCCCCCAGGGGUCCUCCUGUGCUGCCUUGCAGCCUGGGCAAGGUCUGUGAGUCUGUCUGUGCUCCAGCAGGCAUGGGCACUGUCCCUCCCUUUCCUCAACUCUGGCAGGGGGCUGUUACCCAUGCUGGAGCACAGCCCUGACCCGGGUCAAACAGCACGUCUUCCCAGGCCAUUUCAGUCUCUAGAAGUCACCCAAGCCCCUGGCCCAGGAGGCCAGAUACUUCUUUGGGACACUGAGAGACAUGUGGCUUCUCCUAGCCCGCUCCAGCUGGCUCCGGAGCAGGGCAGGCACUGUGGAAAGGCCAAGUGGCUCAUGUCAUCUGCAGAAGGACAGGUUCAGUCCUUGCCUCCCCCACAAACUUCAUCAAGCCCCACUGCCCACCGUUCUGACCCCAAGGACAUGCCUGCCUGCCCCUCCAGGGGUGGAAGGGACUGGUUGCCCCCAGCCUGCCUUGCAUUUGGGGGUACAUGCUUGGCUGGCAGCAUGUCCUGGUGACAAGGAUCUGCUCAGGAGGGAAAAGCCCUGUGUAGAAUUUUCUCCCUUGAGAAGGCAGGAGGAGGAAAAGGAUUGGGUUUCUUUGCCCAACUUGAUCUCAGGAGAAAUGCCCUCUGGGAAGGGUCUUCAAUGCAGACCAGAAAUGCUGCUUCCUUCCAAUACUCAGCUGCUCUCUGGGUGCUUCAGCUGGGGAGAGCAGCAGAGGGGCAGAGGCCCCUGCAGGGCGGUGCUUUGCUGUCCCUUAUCCUUGGCUCUGGCCCAGCACAACUGGUUUUUCUCUGAGAAGGCUGUGGGCAGGCAGAGGGAGUCGGGAAAGGUGGUUCUCUUGCAGAGUGAUGAAGGCCUUGGCGGUCUGGAGGCUCUGAGCAGGAUGGCAGGAAGGGGACGGACUGGAGGGGUCUGGACCUCCUUUUCCAGUGUCUGGGCAAUGAAGCCACCAAGCCCUUGGCAUCAGAGGUCUCUGCUGGGGAUGAUUGUCCCUUCUCCAUGCUGGUGGCUCACGGGAGGUGAUGUCUCUCUCCUGGUUCCUGUAGCCACCCCACAAGAGCUUCUUGUGACCUGCUGAGCACCACAGGGAGCAGCAGCACCUCCAGGAUGCUCAGCAGCUGACAAGCCUCACCGGGUAGAGGGGGUUUGGGAAAAACGUGUUGUUUUAAGGGCAUUUUUGUACAAAGCAACUGUUCUUUGGUCUCUGGCGAAGCCUCUCGGAGGACGCUUUAUUGUUUACAUUGACUCCUGUACAAUAUCCCAGCCAUGGCUGCCCCGUCCCGGCCGUACUGUAACGUGUGAGCCUUGCACAAACGGGCUGUGUGUGCGUGAAACUGGUUUUACACUGCGUUCUGUUGCACUCGGUGGUGUGGGUGGGUGCUCUGUGUGUGUGUGUGUGUGAGUGUGUGUCCGGUCUGCUUGAGAAAUUGUGACCUGUACAAAUCUCUCCCCUCUCGGCCCUUUCCUGGGGGCACAGUCCCAGCGGGUGGCAGGAGGUGACGCCUUUCUGGGUCACUCGGAUGUUUAAACUGAGCAGGGAUUAGCUCAGUGUCCCUCUGCCAGCAGAGGCCUGGUGGAAGGGAUCCUGCCCCACCGCUGGCUGCUCCGGGGACCUCCUGGGAGGAGCGAGCUGGGAAUCCUUGGCCGCAGGGGCACUGCAUCUGCAGGAGGCUCCAGGAGCCUCGCAGCUCUGGCAGGAGGAAGCCAUACCCACCACAGGGCCCUGCUCCCUGCACGGUGCGUCCUGCCUUAAUUUGGUCCUGGCUCCACACAAACCCCCCAACUUGUCCCCAAGGGAGGGGCCUCGAGCCCUUGGUGUGGGGCAGAGGGCAGAGGCAGGUGCUGGCCUGGCGCAGCAGGGCCCGGGCUGGUGCAGGGCUCGGUGCCUGUCCGGCAGUGCUGCCAGAGGUGCUAACAGCCCGCCCACGCUGCAGACAUCUCUGUUGGCACGAGAGAAGGUGCCAGUGCCUUUUAUUUUCCUUUCUGGAGAUGUGACGUCCGUGCGCUGGUUUGUAGGGAUUGUCCAGGGCCGAGCAGCUGGCGGUGGGGUUGUGAAUCAGGGAGGGGAGCCCUUCUGUCUGCCCCUCCUGGAUCUUCCUUGGUGGCUGGGAUCGUCCCCUUUCCCCCUAAAGACUUUAUGACCGAUGUGCUCAGCUGUUUUUAAAUGUGAACUUGUGCACUGAUGUGCAGAUUCAAUGUUCUUGUUACCGAAUGAAUAAAAGUUUUAUUUUGAAGAUGACAAA